UCCAUCAAUUCAAACCCUGUAUUCCUACUUUUAUUGGCUUAUUUCGUCUCAAAAUCAUGAAGUACAACCCUUGCUUCCAUCUACUCUCUGUUUUGUGGAUACAAUGUUUCUUGGUUUGCUCAUCAGCUAUAGCUAUCAGGAAUCUCGCCACUGAUCAGUCUGCACUUAUCCUGUUUAAAGAUGGUAUUGUGGAUCCUCAAAAUGUAUUGGCUAACAGCUGGACGGCCUCUACUUCUGUCUGCAAAUGGGUUGGGGUUUCUUGUGGUGUCAUCCAUGAAAGAGUUGUAGCUUUGAAUCUUACGGGUAACAUCCCUCCCCACCUUGCAAAUCUUUCAUUUCUACAUUCUCUUGACUUGAGCAGCAACCAUUUCUAUGGCCAUCUGCCUCCAGAAUUGGGACACCUGCAUCGUUUGAGGGUCAUUGAAUUAAGCUUCAAUGGUCUUAGUGGAGAAAAUCCCUCGAACACUUGUCAACAUGUCCAAUCUUGAGAUCUUGGACUUGGGAUUCAAUCAAUUGUUUGGC